AUGAAUACUUGGAGCUGGCAGGACUCGCUUCGCCAAGCGGCCACCAUUCGCACACUGCCGCACGCGUGGAAGGACCACUUUCUUCCGCAGCAGCAGCAACUCGACGCGCAACCACCGCAGCCGUCAGAAGCCUCUUUUGACAAGCUUCUGAAUACUUGCAACAGCAGCCCUGCGUUCUCGUCUCGCCUUGCUCUCCUCAACGGUGCCGCAUGCGCGUCGCUGCCCGCGCUCGAACCACUUCCACGGGGCGCGGAACUGGUGUCGGUAAGGGCAAGUUACGACCAAUUAUCCCCAGCCUUGUCGUUCAGCCUGUCAGCGGCGCACUGCCAGCCUCCCGUGCCCUCCCCGGCGAGCGACACAGAGCCUGCGGCUGAAUUCAUGCGAACGGACGAGACGCAGCAGGGGCAGAGGUGCGAGUGGGAGGGGGAAUGGCGCGAGACGGACGAGUUGAUGUCUCCGCGGAGCAGCACGGGCAGCUGCUGCGACCCCGACGACCUCGACUCGCUGCUGGAAGCACCGCGCGCCUUCGGUCAGCUUGCCGUCAUUCCCUCAUCGCGCAGCCUCACCUUCCCCUCGCUGCGCCAUGCUUCCCUUUCCCCCCGUCGCCAUGGCGCCGUGCGGGCCGCGUUCGCCAGCGAAGCUGGCGUCGCAGCUGGUCGUCGCUGUACGAUGAUCCCUCAGCAGCAACGCCAUCUUAGUAGCUCUCCUCUGCAGCCCAUCAGUGCGGCAGCAACACACCAGUAUGCCCAAUAG